AUGGGCAACAAAGCAUUGUCAUCGAAAGCAGGGUCAUUCCUGCUCCUCUUGCUGCUGCUGUCCAACCUGCUCCUGUGCAGGAGCGUGGACUCCCUGCCCAUCUGCCCCAGUGGGGCUGUCAACUGCAAAGUGUCCCUCCGAGACCUGUUUGACCGUGCAGUCGUCCUGUCUCACUACAUCCAUAGUCUCUCCUCAGAAAUGUUCAGUGAAUUUGAUAAACAGUAUGGCCAGGGUAAGAAUUUCAUUGCGAGGGCCAUCAACAGCUGCCACACUGCUUCCAUCCCUACCCCUGGAAACAAGGAGCAAGCCCAAAAUACCCAUCAUGAAGACCUUCUGAGCCUGAUCCUUAGACUGUUGCGCUCCUGGAAUGCCCCUCUGUAUCACCUGGUCUCUGAAGUUCGUGGUAUGCAAGGACCCCCCAGCGAUGUCCUAUCAAAAGCCAUAGAGAUUGAGGAACGUAACAAACAACUUCUGGCGGGCAUGGAGAGGAUAGUUGGCCAGGUUUAUCCCGAAGCCAAACAAAAUGAGGUCUACUCUGUCUGGCCUGGAUUUCCAUCUCUGCAGGAUGCCGAUGAAGACAGUCGCCUUUCUGCCUUUUAUAACCUGCUCCACUGCCUGCGCAGGGAUUCACACAAGGUCGACAACUUUCUCAAGCUCCUGAGGUGCCGGGUGAUCUAUGAUAACAACUGCUAA